CCGGGUCACCCAGCUUCCGGGUGAAAACUACGGCAGCCGGGAUGUGAACAGUGAAGCCACAGCAGAUGAGCUGAAGACGCGAUAGACCCUCGAAUCACUGCAGAACAUCUGGUACUGCAGAACAUCUGGCGCUGCGGUGCUCCCACUCCACAGUCAGUCUACACCGGCACAUUCACAGACAACAUGCCGUCUCCUAAAGCUAAAAACCCGGCUCGCAGCGGAGGAAGCCCGGUGUUCGGCAGCUCCAACGGCCGCUACGACUUCAAGUCACUGACGAAGCCGCUGAACCGCUCCUCGCCGCCGCCGCACCUGCUCCAGCGGCAAGGCUCCGACCCGACCACGGCCCGGCUCCGGGCCUCGGAGAGCCCCACACGCCGCCGGGGCUCCAGCUCCUCCACGGGCUCGGCGCCGGACGAAGACGGUAUACGGCUGAACCCGUCUUUCAUCCGCGUAGCGCUCAGCUCCCUGCUCGCCAUCGACCUGUGGCUGUCCAAACGGCUGGGGGUGUGCGCCUGCGAGGACGCGUCGUGGGGCAGCAUGCGCCCCCUGAUGAAGCUGAUCGAGAUAUCCGGACACGGCAUCCCCUGGCUGGUGGGGACCGCCUACUGCCUGUACAAGAGCGACAGUGCUGCAGGACAAGAAGUCAUGCUCAACCUCCUCAUGGGCUUGCUGUUGGAUAUCCUCCUGGUUGGCAUUGUUAAGGCAGUGGUGCGUCGACGUCGGCCAUCACAUAAUCGCAUGGACAUGUUCGCCACCUUUUCCGUGGACAGCUACUCCUUCCCUUCCGGCCAUGCCACCCGUGCCGCCAUGUGCGGACGUUUUUUCCUGACUCACCUCGUGCUGGCCGCCCCGCUGAGGGUCCUGGUCCUGCUGUGGGUCGGCCUGGUGGGGCUGAGCCGAGUGAUGCUGGGCAGGCACAAUGUGACUGAUGUGGUGUUUGGGUUCUGGAUGGGCUACUGGCAGUACAACCUGGUGGAGAUGCUGUGGCUCUCCCCUCAGACCCUGCAAGGGAUGGUGGGACAGUUAUUUUAACUCAAAGGACUGAAGGAGGAGGGAACGUGGCAGUUUAAAUCUUGAUUGUAAGAGCACCUGCACACCUUUUAUGAGCUGAUCGAUGGUUGUUUGUCUCGAGAGGAGAUCUCUAUCACACAUAGUUUUCUUCUUCUGUUGUCUUAAAUCAAGCUUCUUUUUUAUUCAUACAAGACCUGAAGGGGGCAGAUUUGACCAGUUUACCUCCUGAAGCCCCAUCAGUUGACCUGAUUCAUGGUUAAUAUGAAAAUUGAAGUGUGACAGUUGCUUUUAACUUGGGAAAUUAGCUUGGCUGCAAGCAUACAUUUGCUGUUUAUUUCUGAGUAUGAUUUUUCCAGUUGUGAAUCCAAAUAGACACCUUGUAGGAGGAUAGCUUAGAUAAUUUUCGAUGGUUAAUGUGAAUCUAAUUCAAAAACUAAUAUUUAUUCUCUCUAGACUUUAAUUACACAGUAUAUACUCAUUAGAGGCAACAAACUUAAUUAAUUAAUAUUACAUAAAUGGAAAUGAUGCAUCACAUGGAUUCCUGAACUGAGAAAUCCUUCUUCAGUGUCACAGCAUUCACUAUAGCAAGGGUUUGUGUGAUCACACCUAUCGCCUUAGUUCACCUGUGUUCUUUCAUUCAGGAAAUUCCUAGGAACGGAUCUUAGUACAAGAGACGUGAGACACCCACUUGGCAGUUCAUGCUCCUGUUCACUUCAAGUGAACACAUCUAUUCACACAUCCAUAUCACUUUGUUAUUCCUAUUGCUUUGACAACUUCACACAAUAAUUCAAAGUAUAUCACAUAAACAGAUGACUAAUUAACUUGGAUGGAAAACCAACACAACUUAAUCAUUUUCAGGGCAUGCACAUAAAUAACUUGUUACCAUGCACUUUAUUGUCGUCAUAUAAGUAAACCGUCUUUACUCAUAGAAUCACUACUUAAAUCAAAAUUCAUUAAAAAAAAUGUGCCAUGGUCUAAGGAUAGAAAAAAAAAAUAUAUAUAUAUAUAUUUCUAUCUUUCUUUUUUUUCUUUUCUUUUUUUUUCCUUAACAGUUUAUUCAGUCAGAAGACUGAUUAAUAGUUUAGUUUAAUAAUUAUUAGUUUAAUAAGGAUAAAGAACUACUGUACAAUACAUUUGUCAAUAGGACGAAGGAAUAUUAUUUAUUGAGUGGACUUGAGUCUUGGUACCUUUCUUCACAUCGUCACUGCAAAGCAUGAGCAUUCAAUCUACUAAAAUGUAACCGCCUGAAGAGGGGUCACCACUGUUAGACUGGGCUGAUGGUAAAGGGGUAACAGAUCUGCUGCUUGACCUCAAAACAUCAAUAAUGGCUGUAUAUUUAUGAUUUGUCUUUUUGGUUGCUGUUAGAAGUUAAAACUUUAUUUAUAAGGCAAACAAGUGAAGUUGGAGUCACAGAAAAGAAAAAAAUCCUGACAAAGCGAAAUGAGAUCUGUGACUGUUCAGGUUUAAUCAGCCUCGGACUGACACGACACGAAUGAAACAAGUUGUAACGCAGUCCUCGGGGGAGGGAAGCAAAUUAAAUUACCUAUAAAGUUUUCAGUUAUACCUGAAUGAGGAUUCAGGUAUAACUGAAUAUGACUGAGGAUAAUAUUACUUACAGUCAUAAUUCUCAUACUAAAUCUCUGUCCAAGAAAAUAGUGUAAUAUUGAAGAAAUAACGAAAUUAUGAUUUAAAAAAAACAUUUGUUGUAGGGCUAAAGUGGCACUUUAAAGUUUUCCACUUGGCAGUUUUAAUGUUGGCAUCAGGUUUGGGUGAUGACAUCUCAGCUGUAUUAUCUGUUGAUGUCCUGGUGCACUGCCAGGGUUCAUGGAUAAGUGGGCAGAACAGGGAAGAAGGGAAGAGUUUUGCAACCGACUGUAUGAAGAAAUAGAAUCAGACUAGAGCUGGGUGAUAUGGUUAAAAUUAUAUUAAGAGACAAGUUUUCCUGAUGAAUGUCACAUUAUUUAUUUCUGUCAAGUUUAAAGACCAAUUUUUGCUCAAGAGUCAAUCAACCAUUCAAAUUUUGAUUGAUCGUAGGGCUUAACAAGGUGCGACUAUACCUCUGCCCUUAACUUUCGACAAGAGUGAGGAGAAACUACAAAAAAUAACUUGGUAAAAGAGAGAGACGCAACUGUGGGCAGACAGAAGUGCAACAGAUGCUGUGUGUGAGUUAACAACUCAACAGGACAGAACUGAAGCAUCUCCAACUAUUAGUUUUAUCAAAAAGGAAGAUUAACAACGGUUUGGACCCAUUUUUCUGCAUCUGUUCUGAUUUUUGCAAUUUUACACUUUUGAUGUGAAUCAAAGGACUUAUAUAAAUAUACAUGUAUAUUGACUAUUGUCAUAGUGAUUUUGAUGAAAAUUAUAUUGUGAUAGUUAUUGUUUUAUCACCCAGACCGAAAUAAGACCCAAGUUUAACCUGCAUAUUUAGUCUGAAUUCCACAGUUCUGUGGAAACAGUCUCUAAUGCACUAACUUGAAUAUGAUAUGUGACACUGUGGAGUAACGGUUGGACAGAUUUAAUAAUAAUAACUUUAUUUAUGGAGCACUUUUCAAUACAAAGUACAAGGUUCUGCACAGCAAAACAAAUGCUUAAAAUAUGGAAAUAAGUACAUAGAAGUAAUAUAGUAAUAUAUGUCUAAAGGACAAUAGCAGCCUGGCAUCCUAAGUAAAUUUAGGAAUAUGCCUUUUGAGGAAAGUAUGGUUUUAGCCGAGACAUAGAAGACAACAGUCUUAGACAGCCUUAUUUCCUCAGGCAAUUCAUUCCAGAGCCUUGGGCUCCUGAUGGCAAACACUCUUUCCCUCCUAGAAUUGAAUUCUUGGUGCUGUGUUUCCAUUAUCUCUGUUUACUACUUAUUCUGUUGCAAGUUAUUAACGAUGAAGUGACUCUUUAGACGUCACCAUGUGGAUCAACAUCUACUGCUCCUCGCAUGUUUUAUGUUUACAUAUCGUAUAUAAAUUUCUGCUAGUUAAUCCUUCCCAUCACUCGUCUCAUUGACUGGUCGUCAGGUGCACACAUUAUUUCCUAGAGUCAGCAUGUUUGAUGAUUAAACCAUACCCACGCACCAACCCACUGACUGGGAGUUCAGUGCCAAAGCUGAGAUUCAACGUUAAUGUUCUAACCAUAAAUUACGCAAGUUGUCAAGAUGUUGCACAACAGCUUGCGCACUUCACACACACAUUCAUUUUAGCACUGCCAGAGACCACAACUUGUAAAUCUGCAGGUGCAUUUUAAUUUCCGUGUCUGCUGGUCUGUUUUUACUUUGUCUAGGAUUUUGUUCAGAUGUGUGAAUAUUUGGUUUGGGUGUAAUUGUGUAUCAGCUUUACAGUUCAGUGGACAGAUCGAAUGAUUCCCCCUUGUGUGCGUGCAGCUUUUACUAGUAUUGUAUUUCACUUUAUGAAAGGGUUUUUGACUGUGAGCCAGUUGGUCCUGAUAUCUGGUAUGAACCAGCGUAAUAUAACCGACUGUUGUUUAUACUGGUGCCCCAUCGCACACUGUUCUAUUGACCUCUGUCAUGCUGUGCCCUCAUUCUGCAAUAAGUGACCAAUGAUCUCCCCAAUAUCAGUGAUGAGAUAAUGCGAUGGCAGCCUGCAGCCUUUUCAUUUCAGUGCACUUCUGUGGCAAAUCUAAAUAUGCUGGAUAUCACCAUGACCAAACGUUUUUUAUGAUUGAUUUAUUUCUUGUUUUACGUGUUGAUAUUGAGAAGAAUCUGAAAAAUCAGACAAAAUGUUUACUACAGGCUCAGUGUGUUUGUGUUAGGAAUAGAUUUUGCACAUUCCACCUUUGUACACCAUCAUUAAGAAAGAUGCAUAUUUUUAUUUAUUCCGCUACUAAGUAAAUCCCACUUUGUGAAACAUGAAGCCAGCUCCAAUAUACUUAACUGCACACAGUCUUGCCUGCUGUAUGAUAUAAAUUGUUAAUGUGUAUCCUGUACAUAUGUCUGUAAUGACAUGAGAUUCCACUGUGUUAUGUCCUAUUUUCUCUGAAUGGCCAUUCCCGGAUAAUUUGAUUGUAGUGGUGGUUUUUAAUUAAAUUGGGAAGAAAUCUGAA